AUGGGAAGCCUCGAGGGUUCUGGGGAGAGUAACCAGGAUGACUCCGCACAGUCCUGGGAUGACCAAGAGAAUGGAAUGACGCUGGGAUCUCAGAGAUUUACCAGGAUCUACAGUAGAACCACCCAGAAUGUCAGAGAAAAACCAAAUGCUUUGGCCUCAAGUAUAGUAAACAAUUAUGAAACAGAGACUGGGGGGAGAGGCUUCCUGCCUCAAGAAAAUAUCACUUUGCUCAAAUCAGUCCUGAAGGAGGGGAGACUUGAAGAAGCAGUAGCUAUAAUCAAGGAGAAAAUUGAAGACAUGGAUAAGGCCCUUCUGAACAUUGCGAUAACAGGGGAGUCAGGCACAGGCAAGUCCACUUUCAUCAAUGCCUUCCGGGGGACUAGCCAUGAAGGUGAUGAUGCUGCUAACACUGGGGUUGUGGAGACAACAACAGAAAUUAUUCCUUAUGAACACCCUAAGUUUCCCAAUGUAAAGCUAUGGGACCUGCCAGGUAUCGGGACCCCUAAUUUCCAACCAAAGCUUUAUCUAGAACAAGUGAACUUCAAUUCCUAUGAUUUCUUCUUCAUCGUUUCCUCAACAAGAUUUCGAGACAAUGAUGCAAAUCUUGCUCAGGAGAUCAGAAAGAUGGGGAAGAAAUUUUACUUUGUUAGAACCAAGAUAGACAGUGAUUUGGAUAAUGAAAGGAAGGCUAAGCCCAGGUCCUUCAAAGAGGAGAAUGUUCUGCAGCAGAUACAAGAGAACUGCUUACAAAAUCUUCGUAAAGUAGGAAUUGAGGAUCCACAAGUCUUUUUAAUUUCCAAUUUUGAAUUAGCAUCCUUCGAUUUCCCUAAGCUGCAGGAUAUCUUGGUGGAAGAGCUUCCAGCCCACAAACGCCACGUCUUUUUGCUAUCCCUACCCAAUAUUUCUGAGGCUGCAAUUAACCAAAAGAAAGCUGCUCUUCAAGACAAGAUCUGGCUGAAGGCUUUGAAGUCUGGUCUUCGGUCCACGGUCCCUUUUGUGGGAAUCAUUAAAGAAGACAGUAUUGCUAAAUUGCAGAAGACUCUGAAGAAUUAUCAGAGUCUCUUUGGAGUAGAUGAUGCAUCUCUCCAUAAGAUUGCCCAGAAAUCAAAUAGGUCCUUAGAAGAUCUGAAGAAGCUUAUCAAGUCUCCAGAUCUGUUGACAGUUAAGAAGGAUGAAAGCCUCAGUGAGAAACUUGUGAAGUAUGCUGAGGUAGUCUUCUCAGUGAGUGGAGGUCUAUGUGCCACUGGCCUCUACUACCGAAAGAUUUACAAUAUACAAUUACAUUUCCUUAACACAGUGGCUGAUGAUGCUAAAAUUCUUCUCAGCAAGAUAUGGGAACCCCCUGCUAAAGAACGAUCUUUUUCUGAUUUGGAAUCUGUAGAGCCCGAUAAGCGGGUCUACAAGGAGGGGGUUGUCCUUUGUGAUAGGGACCCGAGGAGAAGUAGGGAAUCGCAACAGAAGCUCUGGGUCACAGAAAAGAGAGAUAUCUUGGAGCCCAAGGCAGCCACAGUGUUUCCCCAUCAUCCCAGAGCAUCGGAUACUGCUCUCCAUGAUGCAAAUAUUCAGAGCUUAGCCUCCAACUUUAUGCCAGGCUAUAGAAUGAUAAGUAGUACAGAUGGCAGCCUCUUGACUAAAGAUACUCUAACCUGGAUCCAAUCAGCCCUAGAGGAGGGAAGACUAGGAGAAGUGGCUUCCAGGAUUCAAGAGACACUGGAAGCAUCAGAAAACAUCCCACUGAAUAUUGCUGUGACAGGAGAAUCUGGGUCUGGGAAGUCCACUUUCAUCAAUGCCAUUCGAGGAAUUGGGCAUGAAGAAAAGGACUCUGCAAGCACUGGGGUGGUAGAGACCACCAAGGAGGCUACUCCUUAUAAGCACCCCAAAUAUCCUAAUGUGAAUUUCUGGGACUUGCCUGGCAUUGGGAUCCCUGAUUUCCAUCCUGAGACUUAUCUAAAUAAAGUGAAUAUUGACCAAUAUGAUUUCUUCAUCAUCUUUUCAGCUUCAAGAUUCACAGUCAAUCAUGUGAAGCUGGUCCAGGAGAUAAGAAAGAUGAAGAAGAAAUUCUACUUUGUUCGAUCCAUGGUAGAUAAAGAUUUGGAAAAUGAAAGAAAGGCCAAACCCAGCACUUUCUCUCAGGAGAAAGUGCUGCAAAUAAUAAGAGAUUACUGUCUGAAAUACUUCAAUGAUGAAUGCAUGAGUGAGGCACGAGUUUUCUUAGUCUCUAACUUUGAUCUAUCUGUUUAUGACUUCCCAAAGCUGGAGGAAACACUAAUAAAGGAUCUCCCAGCUUGCAAACGGCAUGCUUUUUUGCUGGCCCUGCCUGAUGUUUCUAAGGCUGUAAUAGACCGAAAGAAGGCUGCCCUACGAGAAAGGAUAUGGCUGCAGGCCCUGAAGACUGGUGCUUUGGCCACUAUUCCAGUAGCAGGCUUUUUUCUCAAUGAUUUAGUCACUCUGAACAAUCAUUUGAAACAUUAUCGAAAAGUUUUUGGAAUGGAUGAUGAAUCGCUUCUCCAAGUGGCACGAAGGUUGGGCAGACCUGUGGAGGAGAUCAAGGUCCCACUCAAGUCUCUGGAUUUGGAGGCACUCAUUAAGGAGGAGAGUACCAUAGAACUGCUCCUGAAACUGGUUGAGGGCUUCUGCUCUGCAAAUGGAAUAAUACUCAGUGCUGGUUUCCAUUUCGGAAAGACCUACUAUACACAGUUGCUCUUCCUCAAUACUGUGGCUGAUGAUGCCAAAAUCCUCCUUCAGAAAAAUUUAGGUGUCCCCUUUUGAGUAGGAUGAUGAUGGGAUGGACCCACCUGACUUGACAGAAUAGUGAGGGGGGGGGAUUCUUAUAGUCCAGAGCUGACAUGGCAAAUACUUGAUUUUAGUCUUACAUCCUUUCUAUUCCCAUCACCCUGAGUUAUUUUGCUGCAUCAAAACCUUUGCCUAUGGCACAUGUAAAACCCAGUGGAAUUGUGCACCACCUAUGGGAGGGGGUUGGGGGAAGGGAAGGGAAAGAACAUGAAUUUUGUA